GAAUGUGACGUCGCUUUUACAAAAUGCGGAUCCGAUUUCACAUUCGACCUGCAAUGGUUUAGCUUGGAUAAUAUCUCGUAUUAUACACAACGCACUUCAUAUGUAUAACUUAGAGCCGUCUGAGCUGAUGCAUUAGAUGAUAACGGAUACCCGACGCGGAAAAUAAGCGGUUUAAUAACAUAGUUAAUAAUACAGGGGAACCACUAGCUGUAGCUAGCAGGCUAAUCCUGUUGUACACGAGAAAAGGAAAGUGAAACAGAAAUCGCCUUACACUGGACUCUCCGGACACGUUCUGCAGUGAGACCCGUUUAUCAGGUGUAUUCAGAGGAAUGCACUUCUUCAGUUCGGGCUGUAGUUAAGUUGGAGAACCGUCCAGAUGAUCCUCGGGGUCACCGGACUCGGGCUGUAGAUCCGGUGGACUCCCACACCUCGGGGCUUUCUCAUACGAUGGGGAGCUGUUGUUGUCAUGCCGAGACUCCCUGCGCAUCCCUGGAGGAGAAGAGCGGGUUGUUGGCUGGAAAGACCGCCGCGCCCCCUGAAACGGGGAUAGAAGGUGCUUUCCCGGACAGCCCCACCUCUGAUGGGAGGAAAGCCAGCAUGGGUGAGAUCAAAGAGGGGGAGAUGAAGGAGGAGCAGAUCAAAGCAGAGGAGCAGACAUCAGUGACGGCGCAGGUGAGACAGGGAGAAAACACUCCCAGCAUGCGGCAGGAGAACGGCGUGGUCCAGAAGGAGAGCGUGUGUACGGAAGACGUGGCCCCUCCCACCCGACAUCAGAGCAGCGCCGGUGGACCCCUGGACCCCCAGCUCCAGCCGCUGCCCGCCGCUGUAGCCCCAGAUGUGGCGGUGACGGGAACAGUCGUCGUGGCAACGCCAGAGAAGCAAACAACAGCAGCGGUGGCGGAGGAGAGAUGUUCCCCCCCCAGCACUUCACAGGAAGUCACCGACGCACACUGUGAAGGAGAGCGGAGGAACUCUCCGGAGGGUCUCCGGAAGGAAGAAUCGCCAGAGUCCCUGCUUCCUGCUCUGGGGGGCUUCUCCCCCCCGAAGAUCUCAAACACACAGUUGCUCUCCCAGCCGCCUCCUUCUGCUCCCCAAACUCCAACCACCCGGGCUGUGAUACCAGAGCGGAUUUUGGAGGAGGGCAGCUCCUCCCCAGACCUCCAGGUCUGUUCUCUGGAGCCCCAGGUCUGUGGGGAGGUGCCCGUCGGCAGUUUUGUGGAGAAGAUCCAUUCCCCGGCCCUCCAGGUCUGUGGUGACGGGUCCAGCCAUACUGUUCCAGGCCUCAGCAAUACAGUUCAUGACAAUUCCCUCCACUCUACUUGGCCCAGUGAUGUCCUGGAUCAAGAGACCGACUGCCCUGUGGACAGCAGGCAGAGCAAGCCAACUCCUCUGGAGGAAGAUCUCCACUCUGACCUCCCGUCAGAGCUCAGGGCCACACCGACGGAGAUCAGGGCCUCACCGACGGAGCUCAGAGCCUCACCGAUGGAGCUCAGCGACCUCCCGUCGGAGCUCAGGGCCCCAAACGAGACCCUGGAGAAGCCCCCGGAGGAUGAACCCAGGCCCCUGGUCACCAGUCCUUCAGGGAACUGGAUCGGGUACAACCACCUGGGGGUGAACCAGGAUCAGGAUCAGCAGGAAGUGGUCGAUGUACAACAGGAAGCAGUUUGGAAAGGAGACGGGCAGGAGGAGGAGGAGGAGGCCGCCGGGCGGGGGAUGGGGGCUUCCAUUGAGCCGAUGGAUACAAGUGUCGGAGGAGAGGGGAAGGAGACCCAUACUGCUGCUGGGGGGGGGGAGGUAGAAAUGGAUGAUGAAGACGAGGAGACGGCGGGUGAGGAGGAGGAGGAGAAGGAGGAGGAGGAGAAGGAGGAGGAGGAGGGGAAGGCGGAGGUGUCCCUGGUGGACCAGGGAGAAAGCGACGAAGACAUUUAUGCAUCGAAGGAGGAUAUGUACUCAUCGCCAUCCUCUGCGGAAGUCACACAUCUGAAGGUGGAGGAGAGCUGCAGUCUGGCCCCAAUGGUGGACCUGCUGUCCUACAGCCAGCGGGAGUGGAGAGGAAACACUACUAAGAGCGCCCUUAUAAGGAAGGGCUACCAGCAGAUGAUGGAGCGGUUUGGCGGUGUGCGUCGUGUGCGGGGGGACAACUACUGCGCCCUGAGGGCCACCCUCUUCCAGGUCCUCUCCCAGACCACCAAGUCCCCCGCCUGGCUCCAGCAAGAUCACUUCACCACGUUGCCUGGGGAGCUGGAGGGCCCUGACGGACUACUCAGCCGGUGGUGGUUUCCGGGGGAGUACCAGUCAGGAGACGGCCAAAGCGGCGUGACCCAACGACUUAAAGGAUACAUUGAGCUCCUCAGGAAAACGUGGGCGGCGGCGGCGGACUGCCCCACGGCGGAGGCGCGGCGCCGGCUGUGCGAGGGCGUGUUCCAGGGCGGGCAGGAGGAGCUGGGGCUGAUGGAGGCCCUCAAGCUGCUGAUGCUGGGCCGCGCGGCCGAGCUGCACCGCAGCAUGGAGCAGGGCCACGACGUCCCCGUGUUCUGCUGGCUGCUGUUCGCCCGCGACACCUCCCCCUGCCCGCGCACCUUCCUCACCAACCACCUGAGGCAGGUGGGCGUCAGCGGGGGCCUGGAGCAGGUGGAGAUGUUCCUGCUGGGCUACGCCCUGCGCUGCACCAUCCAGGUGUACCGCCUCUACAUGAGCGGCACCGAGGAGUUCCUGACCUACUACCCCGACGAUCACCGUGAAGACUGGCCCGCCAUCAGCCUGGUCACCGAGGAUGACCGCCACUACAACGUGCCGGUCGUCAUGGCGACAGCGGCACCAGAAGCAGCGUCCAGAUGAUAGGAAGAGGGGGUUGGAGGGGGGAGGGGGAAGCCUCCUCCUACCCGUCCACAUCCUCAGGUCCUUCCAGACUCUGGUGCCAUAUAUAACAAAUGAUGCAAGUUGUGUGCGUGCGUGUGUUGCGGCUUGUGUGUUUGUGUGACAGAACUAUAAGCACAUACUGGCGAACACCCAAACCUAUUUGUCCCCCCCCUCCUUUUUUGCCAAAUUCAAGGACGGUCUUCUGACUCAGGCCUCUGCCGCCACAGAAGUACUAAAUAUCAGCCACCAUGGGGGGGGGGGGGGGGGGUGCGCAUGCGCGUGCGCAGUGUCAUCCACACUUGAGCCCCAGGCACAGACUUAUGGUGUUGUCAGUCCCCUUUCUUUGUGUCGCACCAAUAUUACAUCAAAACUUUGGAAUUUAGAGAUCUGGGUGUGUUCAAACACCAGCUGUGUGUGUGUGUUUGAGAGAGAGAGUGUGAUUGAGUGAGUGACAAACUGCCUUUUAACCAAGCUGUUCUUGGGGUGAGAUGUGCCAACGUCCUACACCAGCCUUCGGCCCUGCAGUGCCGGGGCCCAGCUCAGUGUUUCCCCGCUUACGGACGCCCGGUUUGGAUGUGUUGUGGUGGGUGACCCUGCCAGUCGUCUAUAGAUACUCGGCGAUGAAGUGAUUUAAAAGAUGCCUUGAAAGGGUCCUGUGUAUGUGAGCAGGCCGCCGAGGGAUGAAGGGUGGGGUCUGAACCCGAGGUUGGGAACCACUGGGCGGGCGGGCUCCACGGUACUGCGGCCUCAUGCGGUGCUCCAAGUUGCCUUAGAUUUAAUGCACAAUAAGUAGGAGGGUCUAACGCGGCCCCCCGACCGCCAGGACGCCACCAUGGCCCGCCUUUCAGCCGGUGGCGGAGAAGAGGACUCUGAUUAGUCUGAUCUCUUGGUUGUUUAUUCGGGGGGAGGGGAGAGUGGGAAUCUAAAAUGGGAAUAAAAAUAAUUUGUUUUCCAA